CCUCCGCCACCAGAGUCGGCCCACCUCUCUCCUUCAUUCCUUCUCGGUCUCCCUCUUUCCCUCGGACCAUCACUUACAUUUACAACGAUAAUAGGACUCUGUGGUGGCACUUUCUCGUCCUUAUAGCUACUUCCUCCCUUCUUAAUCAACGUGUCACUGUCCUAUCUUGAGUUUUUGUUUGUAUUGUCCACCCUUCAGCCAUGGCCAGUAAACAGCUUGGAAAGCUUCGUCAAUGGGCUGGCGAAGUCAUAUCUUCACGCGAAAAGACGCAACCGUCCAGUGAGUUUGCUGCGUUGGAGCAAGAUAUGGAGACUAGGAAGAAGGGUAUCGAUAACUUGUAUACCGCGUCUAAGGACUAUGUUGAGCAUAUAUCGCUCAAGAACAAGUCUGAGGCGCUUCCUGAAGAGGAGGUCAUGAUGCAGACUGAAGCGCUGGGGAUGGUGAUGAAAAAGCAUGGAGAGGAGCUUGGGGAUGCGAGCGCUUUAGGACGAUCGUUGAUAAGUUUUGGUCGUGCGCGCUGCCAGAUUGCUGCCAUACAAAACAUUUACUCUGUGACGUUAACCGAUACCUUCCUCGCUUAUUUGUUGCGUUCGGGAGCUGAACUGGAUGAGUACGCCGCGCAGCGGAAGAAGCUAGAAUCGCGUCGGCUUGCAUACGACGCAGCCAUCGCGAAAGCUGAAAAGACAUACAAGAAGGAGAAGGAGAAGGAUAAGAAGGAAGCUGAGGAGGAGCUUGCGAAGGCGAAAGCAAGGUAUGAGGAGAUGGGGGAAGAUGUGCGUGCGAGGAUGGAGGAGAUAAGAGAGGGGGAGGUUGAGCAUCAGCGGGAGUUGGAGAGUUUCUUGCGGGUGGAAACGCAGUUUGUGGAACAGUAUUUGGGGGUGCUGAAGGAGGUCAAGUCUGAGUGGCCUGAACCAGACACUUACGCAGAUCUGAGAAGACCGACUUCGGCGUUCUCGACUCCUCAUGAGUUUAGUCGAACGUCUACGAGGAGUACAGACUCGAAGAGUUCUGAUGCGAAGCAAGCGCCGCAUGCCUCGUCUCGAUUCGGCUCGCAUCGUUCCAGCCGUUCGGUGCUGUCAGUGAGCUCGAAGAAGAGCGCGUCUACUCGUAGCACCACGAAUCAGCACGAAUCUUCUAGCGAAUCUGAAGCUGAGACUCCGCAUUCGCGAUCAUCUUCGCGUUUGUCUCGCAAAAGGUCUACCCGGAGCUCUAACGCGCACUCUCGCAACCCGUCUGUGACCACCAUCGGUGCGAUCGUCACAGACAAGACGACGGACGACGCUGUGUCGACGAAGAGCAAUGGGAAGGCUAAGAAGGCUUCUGGGAGUGGUGGUGUUACGGGCUGGAUGGGUGACGCGAUGUCGAGCGUCAUGAGCAGGAACAAGUCUCGCAAUACGGAUGUGGAGAACUUCGCUGCUUUGGGUGACGAGGAUGAAGUUGAGGGGGUGGAGAAGAAUGGUGCACAACGGAAGCAGCGAAGGUUGUCCAACCGAUCGACGAGGAGCGACAAGUCGAACGGUGGGAAGAGUCGAUCGCAGUCGAAAGAUCGUGCGGUGGAGAAUGGUGGUUCGAGUAAAAGAGUGAGGAGGGUCAUGAAGGCGUUGUAUGACUUCUCUGGGAGCAGUGACGAGUUGAGCUUCAAGGCGGGAGAUGAGAUCGUUGUGGUCAACGAAGUGCUUGAGGACUGGUGGCUUGGGGAGAUUGGUGGACGAAAGGGACUGUUCCCGGCGAACUAUACGAUCUUCAUCAAAACUGUCGAAUACUCCGGGACGAAGUUCAAGAAUACGAGCAAUUCGAGUAUCUUGGCGUUAGGACGUGGAUCAGGCAAAUUCUCGUCGGAGGACGAGGAGAUCCGAAGGACGCUUGUUGAACCGUCGGAGUCGGAGUUGAGUAUGACCGAGGAUGAGCAGGAGCAUGAGCAUGAACAUGAUGGAGAUAGUAUCAAUGGAUGGCAUCCAUUUGAUGAUAGGAAUCGAAGUAGCAGUGGCAGCGCGGCGGUGCCAUCCGGUAUGGUGAUGCCACUCGGUGAAAGGGAUCGUAAUGUUGCGGAUGCUGCUAUUCCUCCUUAUGAUGGCCGGUCGGGCCCCCUUGUUGAUGAUGCGGAGUUUGAUAGAAGGCUGUCGACUUCUUUGGCGAAAUUGGAUGUCCAGCAGCAGCAGCCACCUCUGAACGCGACUUCCCACUCGCCGAGUCCGUCUCCUGUGAAAAGGAUGCCGCCACCGCCGCCGCCUCGACGGCAAACGACGAGUAACGGUGUGGGCAAUUUGCCUCCGCCGUUACCGGUUCGUAACCUUGUAGCUCCUGUGUUACCGAGUCGGACGCAUUCGUCGAACGCGGCACUGCAGAGUCUUGCUACACCUCAGUUGUCGUUGAUGGAUCGAAAGGCGCAUUCGGAUACGAGUUCGCCGUUUGAGAGUCAGAGUGAGUUGAGUUUUGAUGCUGUUGCAACUACGACUACGGCCAAGUUUGACGCGUGUGCUACGUGUGGGUGUGGGGAGUUUGUUGAGGACCCAUUUAGAGGGCAUGGGCUUUGUGCGAAUUGUACGCAUGCGCAUGUGUGAUGAGGGAUACCCUGUCUGUGCUCAUGAUUAUUUUUUCUUUCUUUUGACUGUUCGGUUUGGCUUGAUGUAUUUUGAACGAAUAGUGCAAUGACCCCCGCAUGCAUGUAUAUAAUUAAUGUGCG